AUGCUCGACGCAACAGCCUCUCGAUUCUACACCACGCCAAUGACCACGCCGCCGUCGCGGCCGGAUGCGACGCCGACGCAGCGAAGGUACCACUACCUCGACCACCGCCCGCCUGCCGGGAUCCCUGAGCGAGCAACGUUGCUGCUGCUGCACGGCUUCCCCGACUUUUCCUACGGCUGGAGGAACGUCGUUGCACCGCUGAAACUCGCCGGCUUCCGACUCAUCAUCCCGGACCUGCUCGGAUACGGUCUGACCUCGUCGCCGCCCACCUCGGCCGCAUCCACCGCGCCGGGCACCGAAUCGCGCCUCGCAGAGUACGGAGGCCGCGCCAUCUCGAUCGACCUCAACGGCCUGCUCGAUCACGCACGUGCCGCUCAGGGCUCCGAAUACGGCGCAGAGAGCCUCACCUCGGACGGCCGCAAUGGUCGCGUCAUCGUCCUGUGCCACGACUGGGGCUCGUGGCUCGGUUGGAGAUUCGCUCAGUGGUACCCCGAGCGUGUCAUGGGCGUGGCCGGUCUCUGCGUGCCCUUCCAAGCACCUACAUCCAAGUAUCUGUCCAUCGACAUGGUGGUGAAAAACGUGCCCAACUUUGGAUACCAAAAGUUCUUUUCCGAAGAGAGGAGCACCAAGAUCAUCGAGCAGCACCUGGAGCGCUUCUUGGCCAUCAUCUACAUGAUCCCCGGUCUGUUUAGCGCCGACUCCGAGAACGACGAAGAGAUCCGGGACUGGCAUCUGCUGGGCAAGCUGGAAAAGCUGAUCACCAUGCCCGAGUUCUCGGACAUCCCGCUCAAGUAUCUCGGCCGCAUGAUUCUGGAUGGUGAGCAGCUUGCGCACUACGAGCGCAUCUUCCGCAGCCGCGGGAUGGAGGGUCCGCUCAGCUGGUACCGCACGCGCGAGGUCAACUGGCAAGAAGACCGUGCGCUCACAUCCAAGACGCUGCCCGAAUCGCUCCCCGCGCUGCUCAUCUCGCCCAAGGACGACGUAGCCGUUCCACCCGCCAUGGGCAAGACCAUGCUCAAACACGUACCCCAGACCGAAAUUAUCGAGGUGGCAGGAAGUGGUCACUGGGUCCAGAACGAGCUCCCCGGCGUCGUGGUGCAGCACUUCAAGGAGUGGGUCGAACGAUCGGUGCUGCCAAAUGAGAAGAAGGGCAGCGGCAUGCUCGGAUGGCUGCGAAGCAAGCUCUAG